UGCACUGUCGGAGCAUCUUCUCUGCUGCAGCAUCAACAACCUAGCUAAACCUGACACUAAAGCUAAACCUGACACUAAAUAUGCCAAGAACUGCGGGGCAAUUCACAGAACUUACUCAGGGCUGGACCAUGUGGUGGUGAGCGGUAUGCCAUGCAGAGGAGACACAGCAGCAACACGGAUGGCAUGCCCUCUGAAAGGAGCCGAAGCCAAACUCUGGGAUCAGAGAGCAGCCUAGAUGAGGGUGGUGUGUUUGACUGCCUGAAGCCCGACUCUCCCGCUUCACCCCAGCAGAUCUUCUCCGGCCUGGUGGGCGUCCCCUCCAGCUCUGUCUCCUCUGCCCAAUUCCAGGCAGCCGGCUUAGUCCUGGGCUCUCCCCCUGAAGUUUUUAUCCAGAUGACUGCAUCGUCCAGAGAAGAAGGAGGCCCCCACCGCACAGAGGGUGGACCCUUUCUCCCUCGGCCGCCUCCGCACCACCAUCACCACCACCACCACUUCCACCACCAGGCCCUGCAGCACAGGACUUCCUCUCUGCUCCAGCAGGCCGCUACGGCGGGCGGCUCAGAGAGGCACAGCUCCAGGGAGGAGGCCCAGGAAGACCCGUCCACCCCGGCCCCAGCCCUGUCUGAGCUGAAGGCAGUAGUCACAUGGCUGCAGAGAGGCUUCCCCUUCAUCCUCAUUCUGCUGGCUAAAGUCUGCUUCCAGCAUAAGCUAGGUAUUGCUGUGUGUGUGGGCAUGGCCAGCACAUUCGCCUAUGCCAAUUCCACGUUUAGGCACCAAGUGUCAUUACGGGCGGAACGUUCUGUAUUUGUUGCUCUUUGGAUCAUCGGGUUCCUUGCAGGGAAUAUAGUGUAUCUCUACUACACGUUCAGUCAAGAGGAGCUGCAGAACAGCCUCAUAUUUGCCAGGCCCAACCUCAACAGCUUUGACUUCUUCGAUCUGAUCUGGGCUGUGGGCAUCACCGACUUUGUCCUUAAGUACUUCACCAUCGGCCUGAAAUGCUUUGUCCUCUUCUUGCCCAAGAUUCUCCUGGCCUUCAAAUCCAGGGGUAAGUUCUACCUGCUGAUAGAGGAGCUGAGCCAGCUGUUUCGGGCCCUGGUGCCCAUCCAGCUGUGGUACAAGUACAUCAUGGGAGACGACCCGUCCAACAGCUACUUCCUGGGAGCCACACUCAUCAUCAUCUACAGCCUCUGCAAGUCCUUUGACAUCUGUGGACGAGUGUCUGCCAUCCGCAAGGCCUUGGUCAUGCUCUGCAGCGCUCAGAGUUAUGGAGUGAGGGCAGGCGGUCAGCAGUGCAGCGAGGCGGGCGAUGUCUGUGCCAUUUGUCAGGCGGAUUUCAGAGACCCCAUCGCCCUUCUCUGUCAGCACGUGUUCUGCGAGGAGUGCCUGUGCUUGUGGUUCGACCGGGAGAGAACGUGUCCGCUGUGUCGCUCCACCGUCAUUGAGACCCUGCGAUGCUGGAAGGACGGCACCACCUCGGCUCACUUCCAGAUCUACUGAGCUCCGAACACGCAUCAUGUGCCCCCUGGGAAGACGGGAUUGUGCUGUAUUGCGAGUUAGACAAUGGUGUGUCAUCUUUCGCUGUUUAUCUUAGUGCGGUAACUCUUUAAAUCAGGGUAAGCAUAGUAACACACAAUAUAUAGGGGGACUUUAAUUUUAGAAUAAUUUGUAAAGACCAGGGGGUCUCAUUUAUAAAACACUGUGCAGGAUCUCCAUUAUAUGUUUGCGUACGUUCAAAGGAGGAAAUGCACGUAUUCCAAAAAAUUAUCUUGGGGGGGGG